AUGGCUGUCGAACAAGAACCUAUAAGUUAUGAAGAUGCGGUGGCGGGUUCCGAGCAACGGUUGUACGACGAAGGAUUCUAUAAUCUAGACCAGGAGGUGUAUGUGAAGAAAGUUGCGAACCGAUAUGGACUAAGCGAAGCGAAGGGAUCCAAGCUGCCGUUGGAUGUUGGUUACUACCAAAGUCGCAAAGAUAGUAAAAGUUUGCCGGACAACAAGCGCUACCAUAGCUUAGUUGGGGCGCUGUUGUACGUUUCUGUGAACGCUCGUCCGGACAUUUCAGCUGGUGUUGCAUUCUUGGGAAGGUGCGUGUGCAAUCCGCUAGAAGUUGAUUGGGCAGAGCUGAAACGCGUUGUUAAAUACCUGUUGAGUACAAGUCACUACAAGCUGAAAUUGUCGUUAAACAGAGCGAAACCUUUCAUUCUAAUCGGAUACUGUGAUUCAGAUUGGGCUAGCAAUAGCUCAGACCGAAAAUCAAAUACAGGGUACAUCUACCAAAUCGGGUAUGCGACGGUAUGCUGGGCUAGCCGAAAACAAGCGAAAGUUUCCCUAUCGAGCAUGGAAGCUGAAUACAUCGCGCUGUCUGAAGCUAGCAAGGAGGUUGUUUGGUUGCGGCGGCUGUUAGCGAAAAUGGAUGCAAAACAACCUGAUGCGACUAUUAUCUACGAGGACAAUUAUUAUACCAGUUGCAUCAGUUUCGUAGAAGUCGAGCGCCAAUCGAGAUUGUCCAAGCACAUCGACACGAGAAUGCCUUACACAAUGGAUUUGGUUAAAAGGGUGUUAUCUCGUUGA